AUGGCCCACAGGCCGCGGGAAGUGCUUUCCAAGGUCGAACGUGAUGCGCUUAGAGAACUCAAGGCCGACAAAGACCUGGUCAUCGUGCCACCGGACAAAGGACGCGCCACAGUUGUACUGGACAGGACAGACUACCUUCAAAAAGCCAAAGGUUUACUGGAGGACCGACAGUUCUAUGUCCCAUGUGCAACGAACCCUUUAAAGGCGCUGACACGCGAAAUUAAUGCUACGUUGUUGGCCUUGGAGAACUCAGGUGCAAUAACACCGACCGAAGAUACGGCUUUGGCCCGAUUCUAUGGCCUCCCUAAGGUGCACAAAGACGGCGCUCCUCUCCGACACAUCGUGUCGCUCAAAGGGACUCCAACGUACGGACUGGCUAAGUGGCUGUUCCGGCGUCUCAAGUUCCUGACCGCUGAGGUAGACACCACGGUCUCUUCGUCAGCACAAUUCCUGGAGAAACUCAAAGGGGUAAGCAUCCAUCCAAAUGAGGUCAUGGUAUCGUUUGAUGUUACAUCCCUUUUUACUUCUAUUCGUGAGGACCUGGCGAUCGAGACAACUGAGCUGCUACUACAAAGCAAAUACGAUGAAACGGAGAACCGUCUUGGACACGCCCAAGUCCUUCAGCUCCUGAAGCUCUGUCUCAGGACGUACUUCACGUUCGACGGGACAAUCUAA